GGCGGCCGUACAGACAGUGGUGUUGGAAGCUCCGUGCGGGAAGGACGUCUCACGCUCCUCCACAACCCAUUUUUUUUUUAAAAACUUCACAACUUCAGGAUGUCACUAACACUCUUGGGCCUGGUGCUGGUUGUUGCUGUUGCUGUUGCUGAUGGAGUUGGAGUGCGGCUGUGUGUAACACCUGCAGGAGCUACUGCCUGUAAAGGUCUUGUCGAGGACUCCUCCCCCGCCUCUCUCAACCUUGUGUGUGUCCUGGGUAAUGACAGGUAUGAUUGCCUGCAGAAAGUGAUGCAGAAGGAGGUGGAUGUGAUGGCUGCCGCUCCUGAGGAUGUCUUCUUAGCCAGGGAGCUCUAUAAUGACCAGAUUCAUGUCCUGGCAGAAACCAGACUUGCUGAAGAAAAAAAUGAGGCAUGGAGGUACAUGGGAGUAGCAGUAGUACGGAGAAAUAAGAUCAAGAGUGUAGCUGACCUGCGGGGUUCCAAGUCCUGUCACACAGGCUAUGCCAGGAAUGCUGGCUGGAACAUUCCAUUCUCCCAUCUCCUGGAGAAAGGCGAGAUAAAUUUGGACUGUACCCAAAGGAUGACUGUGGUGGAACAUGACUUAAAAGCUGCCUCUUCCUACUUUGGUCUUGCCUGCAUUCCUGGAGACUGGGCUCCUGACAAUGAAACAGACUUCAAACUUAAGAAAGCAUACAACAACUUAUGCACCAUGUGUGGGAAUCCUGAACGAUGCGAUAAUGUUGAUGAACAUGCUGGGUAUGAGGGUGCCCUACGCUGCCUAGUUGAGUCACAUGGGGAUGUUGCAUGGACCAAACUUUCUGCUGUCUCACAGUAUUUCAAAAGUAAAUCAGAGGUGUCUACAACAGACUUUGGGUUACUGUGUCCUGAUGGGCGGAUACUGGAUCUGGACACGACAAAACCUUGCCACUGGGCAGCCAGACCAUGGAACUCCUGGAUAGCAAGAGCAUCUAAUGAGAACAAGAAGGGAAUAGUGUCUGAGCUAACCAAGACUAUGGAUGCAGCAGUGCUUCCCACUGAGAGUGAAGCAUCACCUUUGAGACCUUGGGCCAAAGAUGUACUGGGUAUUAGCUCCCAGUCAGUGAUCCAUGCUCGCUCACCACCCAUCACUCCUCAUGAUUUUCUCAAGGAACCUGGCUAUGAUACGACUAUUGAACGUCUUGGGUGUACUGAGGUGCCAGUGAAGAUGUGUAUAAAUUCAAAGCUGGCUAAAGAGAAAUGUGCUGCUCUCAGUCAGGUACUCAAGUCUCGCAGGAUCCGGCCAGCAUUGGAGUGCGUAAUGCCUGCCUCUUCAGAUGACUGUCUUGCCAUGGUUUCAAGUGGUACUGCUCACAUCACAACUGCUGAUGGUGGCGAUGUGUUCAGAGGACAUGUAGAAUAUGGGCUGAUUCCUGUGCUGUCAGAGCGAUAUGGACAACUUGAUGCUUCCUACUUUGCUGUAGCUGUAGUUCAUGCCAACUCUAGUAUCACCUCUCUAAGCCAGCUUCAGGGCAAGAAUUCCUGUCACACUGGUAUUGAAAAGACAGCAGGGUGGAAGAUCCCAGUAGUGACGCUGCUUGAGGCAGGGUUGCUGAAAGCUGGGGACUGUGACUAUGCAGGGGAGUUGGGCAAGUUCUUCAGUUCCUCCUGUGCCCCAGGUGCUAAGGAUCACAAAUAUGACCCCCGCGGCACUAAUCCUGAGUCACUCUGUAGUCUGUGCGUAGGCAAUGAUGUUGGUGGGGUGAAUGGCCCGUCAUACACAGUUGGAAGAACACAAGGGUACUGUGAAAGGAGUGCUGAUGAAGCCUUCUAUGGGUACACAGGCGCCUUUAAAUGCCUGGUACAAGGUGGCGGUGAUGUAUCCUUUGUCAAACACACAACAGUGCAGGAAAACACAAAUGGAAACAAUGAAGCUGAGUGGGCUAAGAAUCUUCGAGCUUUGGAUUUCAAGCUGCUCUGCAAAGAUACUGGUACAGCAGAUGUCGUUGACUUCAAUACCUGUCACUUAGGGAGGGUCCCAGCACACAAGGUUUUGACAGGUAUCCAGUCAGACAACAUUAUGGUGGAAGAGAUAAGGAUCUUACUACUACGGGCUUCAGAAAUGUUUCCUAAAGGUCAGGAUGUCUUCACCAUGUUUGGACCUUUCCAGGGCAAACAGGAUAUUAUAUUCAAGGAUUCUGCUACAGAGCUGGUAAAUGUACGCCAAGACACCUUCCAUCAGUCACUUGAAGAAUCCUAUUACCGUGCUCUCACUGAACUGAGUACCUGCCGCCCAAAGGAAACAAAGUUACAUUUUACGAUGACAGCAGGUGCGCUAACCAGUGGCCCCUGCUGCUUUAUUCACCUGAUGGUGUGUGUAGUCUUCUUGUGGCUCAUCUCAUGCUAACUAGUAUGGACUGUGCACCCAAGAAAUGUUGUUAAUUAUGUUGAACAAGAUAUGUGAGAAUGCACUUCUGUAUUUACUAUCUUUGAGUGCAAUAAAUAUAUAAGAAUUAUGAUAUUUGUGAACUUUUGGCAAGACAGAAUGAAUGAAUGAUGGUGAGUGUUUUCUUACACAAAUAACCCACACAUAGGAGUGAGAAGCUUAUGAUGACAUUUUGGUCCAACUUGAAUCAUUUACAAAGUCACUGUGACUUUGUCAAUGGUCCAAGUGGGUGUCAACUGAAAUGUCAUUGUAAGCUUCUCUCUCCUAUGUGUGGGUUAUUCAUGUAUUGUUCCUAUCAUGGUAUUGUGCCUUUUUGUUGUCUGAUUUUUUCUGCUUUGGCAGAUGGUUGUUGAGGAAAGGGGGGGGUUUGUUUGUGUAUUUGUGGUUGCAGGGGUCAAGUCAUAACUUGGCCUGAGUGUGUGUGUGUGUGUACUCGCCUAAUUGUACUCACCUAAUUGUACUCACCUAAUUGUGGUUGCAGGGGUUGAGUCAUAGUAUGUGUGUGUGUGUUAUAGUUUUUUUUAACACUCACUCCAGCUGUCUCCCAUUGAGGUAGGGUGACCCAAAAGAAGAAACUUUCACCCUCAUUAAUUCCAUCAUUGUCUUGCCAAAUUCGUGCAGAUAUCCCUACCCCUCCUUCAGAGUGCAGGCACUGUACUUUCCACCUCCAGAACUUGAGUCCAACUAACCUGUUUCUUGGAAUUCCUUCAAGAUGUUACCUUGCUAACACUCCAACAGGCCAUCCAGUCCAAAAGGAUAUUUGCGUUCACUCCUAUCUAACAUGCUCGCACAUACCUGCUGGAUAUCUAAGCCUUUCACAUAUAAGACUUCCUAUACUCUUUUUAUCCCUCACUCCAAUCUUUCAUAGGGUGACCCCUACCCUAUCUUCCCUCCACUACAGCUUUAUACAUCCUCCAAGUCAUCUUUUCUUGCUCCACCCUCUCUAAAUGUCCAAACCACCUCAACAACCCCUCAUCAGCCCUCUGAAUAAUGCUUUUAGCAACCCUGCACCUCCUAAUCUCCAAGCUAUGAAUUCUCUGCAUAAUAGGCACACCACACAUUGCCCUCAAACACGACAUCUCCACUGUCUCCAGCCUCCUCCUUGCUGCAACAUUCACAAUCCAUGCUUCACACCCAUAUAAGAGUGUUGGUACCACUGUACUCUCAUACAUUCUCCAUUUUGCCUCCAUGGAUAACAUUCUUUGUUUCCACAGAUGCCGCAGUGCACCACCCACCUUUUUUCCUCAUAAAUACUAUGGUUCACCAUGUCUUUCAUAUACCUAUCCACCAACAAAUCCACUCCCAAAUAGUAUCUGAACACAUUCAUUUCCUUUAUACUCUCUCCUUCCAAUCUGACAUCCAGUCUUUUAUUACCUAAAUUAUUUGUUACCCUCAUAAGCUUGCUCUUUCUCAUUUUUUUUUUUUCAACAAGUCGGCCCUCUCCCACCAAGGCAGGGUGACCCAAAAAAGAAAGAAAAUCCCCAAAAAAGAAAAUACUUUCAUCAUCAUUCAACACUUUCACCACACUCACACAUUAUCACUGCUUUUGCAGAGGUGCUCAGAAUACAACAGUUUAGAAGCAUAUACGUAUAAAGAUACACAACAUAUCCCUCCAAACUGCCAAUAUCCCAAACCCCUCCUUUAAAGUGCAGGCAUUGUACUUCCCAUUUCCAGGACUAGAGUCCUACUAUAUGAAAAUAACCGGUUUCCCUGAACCCCUUCACUAAAUAUUACCCUGCUCACACUCCAACAGAUCGUCAGGUCCCAAGUAUCAUUCGUCUCCAUUCACUCCUAUCUUAACACGCUCAUGCACGCUUGCUGGAAGUCCAAGCCCCUCGCCCACAAAACCUCCUUUACCCCCUCUUUCCAACCCUUUCACCCCUCAAGGAAGGUUCCUUGAUGUUGGUGAGGGGCUCUUGAUUUAGGGAAUUGGAUCUGUGCUCCAGUUCCCCAAAUUAAGCCUGAAUGCCUUGCACAUCCCCCCCCCAGGCGCUGUAUAAUCCUCCGGGUUUAGCGCUUCCCCCUUGAUUAUAAUAAUAAUAAUCCAACCCUUUCAUGUUCACUUUAAUUUCCUUCUUUUACAUAAUCUCCCACAUUUGUCUGCCAACCUUUGCAACUUCUUUUCAGAAUCUCCUAAAAGCACAGUGUUAUUGACAAAGCAACUGUGACAACCCCCAUUUUGUAUUAUAUUCUGCAUAUUUUAAUACCAAACUUCUCCCAAACACCCUAGUAUUCAGUUUUACAACUCCAUCUAUAAAUAUGUUAAACAACCAUGGUGACAUCACACUUCCCUGUCUAAGGCUUACUUUUACUGGAAAAUAUGUAACCUACAUACAAGAAUUACUGCAUAGUUGGAAUUACAUAGAUAUUCUCAGCUUGCAGUAUGCAGUUUCCUAGGAACAGGCUUUUAUAAAUUUUAUAACAGUACUUUAUAUAAUUAAGCAAGAGUUAAAUGAAACUAGAGAUUUAAUUCAGAAUUUUUGGAUGGUAAUAUUUUUAUCCAUAAAUUAUUUAUGUAUUGAAUUUGUUACACGUGAAUCACAAAAACUAACAUAUUUUUUAUCUACUGUUUAUUCUCCCUUUUUGGCAAGCUUUUCUGGCUAAUUAUCUUAGGGGACUUUGGUGUCUAUACUUAUAGGUCUCUGUCUGGUUCCUUUAGUUCUCAUUUUACAAAAUAUAUAGUGCCAUUUUAUUAAUAAUCUCUUGGGGUCAAGGCAAUGUUCACUUAGUUACUUAGUUACCUUAGAAUAUAACUAGACACCAUACCCGGUAGUUAUACUGUGGUUACUCAAAGAUAUUGUGCCUCGGAGUGUUCAGAGAGACUUUAAAUUAAAGAUCUCUGUACUUGUAUGUAUUAGUCUAAUAUCUUUAGUAGUGGCUAGAGGUUGUAUAGGAAGCUUAUGACUUGUGUAUAGUCUCCACAUAUUACUUGAUAAGUUUUUCCAGGCAAGUGUUGAACCAUAGUACAGUCACCAUUUUGACAACUUGAGUGGGUACAUUGUUGCAGGAGUUUAUCCUGAUAGAAUAAUAAUUUCCUGUUGCCUCUCCUGCACUGAAGUUUGGUGAUACUGAAGUACUUAUAAGUCACAUUUUAAUUCUUGAAGUGGUUGGGAAUUACAUUUUCUAGUUUAGGUAUUAUAAAUGUCUUUUAUAUGAGGAUUCCUGUCAAGUAAUUUUUUUGAAGAUUUUAAUAAUUAGUGUACUUUGUGCUUCUUUUUGGCUAAUUAUUAAAAUCUUCAAAAAAAUGCUCUUAGUAGCGGUGGUGCACCCCAUGCUCUUGGUAGUGGUGAUGCACUCCAUGCUCUUGGUAGUGGUGAUGCACUCCAUGCUCUUGGUAGUGGUGGUGCACCCCAUGCUCUUGGUAGUGGUGGUGCACCCCAUGCUCUUGGUAGUGGUGGUGCACCCCAUGCUCUUGGUAGUGGUGGUGCACCCCAUGCUCUUGGUAGUGGUGGUGCACCCCAUGCUCUUGGUAGUGGUGGUGCACCCCAUGCUCUUGGUAGUGGUGGUGCACCCCAUGCUCUUGGUAGUGGUGGUGCACCCCAUGCUCUUGGUAGUGGUGGUGCAAAUAAGAUGAUCACUGAGGUCGUAGUGGAUUUUUAACAGCUUUCAUUAGGCGUAGUUAUAUCUAUUUGAUAUUCAGAGUUAUUUCAUGUUUUAAAUAGCCUAUAAAAUUCAAACAUCUUACUAUUUAAAAUGAAGUGAUUUACCAUUUACCAUAGAGUUUGUCUGAAUGUUAUUAAAUGAUCGCUUUGUGUGAAUUAUAAGUACAGUAGGUAGUUAUUUUUAUGAUUAUACAUUCAUUCAGAAUUAAAAAAAAUUGUAUUUAUAGUCUUACUGUGAGAUAUGAAAUUGUUUAUGUAACAUGAAAACUGGACCCCAGUGGAAAUAUUUCACUCUGUCUGACUUUUUUGGGUUAUCCUAGGUUCUCUACACACAUGCUGCUAUGUAUGAUAAUCUAUGUAUGAUAAUCUAUGUAACUGUAUUUGUGUAUACCUGAAUAAACUUACUUAUACAGCACAGUACUGCAUUGCACUUCUUGCAUGUAUAUCAGUAAGUUACCUGGAGUAUACCUGGAGAGAGUUCUGGGGGUCAGUGCCCCCAUGGCCCGGUCUGUGACCAGGCCUCAUGGUGGACUGGGGACUGAUCAACCAGGCUGUUACUGCUAGCCACAUGCAGUCCAACGUACAACCCACAGCCCGGCUGGUCAGGUACUGACUUUAGGUGCCAGUCCAGUGCCUGCUUGAAGACAGCUAAGGGUCUAUUGGUAAUCCCCCUUAUGUAUGCUGGGAGGCAGUUGAACAGUCUUGGGCCCCUCACACUUGUUGUGUUGUCUCUUAUCAUGCUAAUGGCACCCCUGCUUUUCAUUGGGGGGGAACGUUGCAUCAUCUGCCGAGUCUUUUGCUUUCAUAGGGAGUGAUUUUCGUGUGCAAGUUUGGUACUAAUCCCUCUAAAAUUUUUCAAGUGUAUAUAAUCAUGUAUCUCUCCCACCUGCAUUCUAGGGAGUAAAGGUUUAGGAACUUCAAGCGUUCCCAGUAAUUGAGGUGCUUUAAGUUAGUAGAGCUAUAUUAAAUUGUUAAUUCUUUAGUUGUUUCUUAUACGUAUGUAGUAUGUUCACUUUUCUACAAGCUGAUGUUUGCUAAGUCUGUAUAGAUGCUAUGGUUAUAGCUGCUUUUAUAUAUCAUUCAGUGUACUAUUUACAGUAGUUCCCAUAUUAAUACAAAUAGACCAUACAAAUGUUGAUACGAAGUGGAAUACUCUGUAUAGAUGCCAACAUAACAUUCCUCAAGUACAGUAUGGUGAUAUAGUAUACAUUUAGAUGUGAAAAAUAUGCAGCAUUUACUUGCUGACUUUUUUCUAAUUGCAUAUUUUUAAAAUUACGUAUAUAGCCAAUAGAUUUCAUUAGUUAGUGUGCUGAUAGCACUUCAGAGAUGCCUGAGGUAAAGCUAUGGAUGUAUGCCUAUGCCAGUGUGUAAUGUUUGUGUGCAGUCGUAGCACUUAAGCAUUGCAUAAGAUACAACUGAAGUUUGUUCAGUUUAAGGGGUAUUGAUGGACUGUGGGUUAUUAAGGUCACAGUUGAUCUGUAGGCAAAUGUAAAGAAUACUGUAUUUUACAUUUUUAAAACAGGGAUUAAAAUAAACUGUCAGUGUAUCUGUAUAGUGUAUAUACCUACCUGACACUGAAUGCAUCUACAGUUAGGCUACUUAAGAUGUCUAAUUACCAAUUUAUUGAUUGCUAACAUAAGUUGGUGCUUCCUGACUUUAUAAAAGGGUUUUUGCAAUGCAGUUGUUUAAAUAUACAGUAAGUAAUAAAAAUAUCGAAAUUAUAUGGAAGUGGUGCCAGAAUGUGAGUAGUUGUAUAGCUUUUUGUUACAUUUUGCUUUUUGGUAUAUUAUACAGUAUGUGUCACACCAAAAUUAAGGACAGUGUCUAAUGAAACAGAAUAAAAUGGAUUGUGC